CAACAAAAAUUUGAGGUUAUUCAAAACAACUUUUCUUUCAAAUGAAAAUAGUUUUUCAGUGUAAGAAAUUGUUUUCAAAAAUAUCUGUUUAUCAUGGAAAUGGAUGAAGUAAAAAGUGGAAUAAUUGAGCAUGAUGAAACUGAUAACGACAAAAGCACUGAAAAUAAAGAUAACGUCAGAGCUCUAGAAUUCAAAAAACCAUUACUAGUCGGUAAAAUUGGUCGAUUUCCAAAGAAAUUAAAAAGUUCUCUAGCAGUAACUAACCCAAGUACCGAAGAAUUAAGUAGCGAAUUGUUGAAAGACACUGUUACUUCCUCGAAUGAAGAGGUCAUAAAAGUUGAGAAUACCCCUCAAAAGAAUGAUACCUUCAGUAAUCAAUAUAAAGAACCUCUUUGGUCUGGUUUGCCGAAACCAUCGUCCCAAAAUUAUUAUUUUGAAAUUUUAAAAGAUGGAAGUAUCAUUGAUACAGUCAACUUGAUGGGCAAAUCGUAUUGGUUAUUUGGAAGAUUAGCAAACUGUGAUAUUCCCAUGCAACACCCCACAAUAUCAAGAUAUCACGCUGUACUUCAAUAUCGUUCUGAACCCAGUGAAACUGAUGGGGCUGGAUUUUAUAUUUAUGAUUUGGAUAGCACCCAUGGAACAUUUUUAAAUAAGAAUAAACUGAGGCCUAGGGUGUAUGUUAGAAUUCAGGUGGGCCACAUCCUUAAAUUAGGAUGUAGCACUAGAAGUUAUCUUCUAAAUGGCCCCGAAGAAGAUACAGAACAAGAGUCUGAACUUUCUGUGACUGAACUCAAACAAAAAAGGCAGGAAGAUAUAGAAAGGAGGGAAAGGGAAAAGAUAGAAUUGAUUCAGCGCAAACAAAAAGAAGAAGAAGAAAGAAAGAAGAAGGAAGAGGAAAGAGGAAUCGAUUGGGGAUUAGGAGAAGAUGCCGAUGAAGAAACAGACCUUUCAGAAAACCCCUAUGCUCAGUCUAACAAUGAAGACUUAUACCUCGACGAUCCUAAAAAAACUCUGAGAGGUUUCUUUGAAAGAGAAGGCUUAAAUUUGGAGUAUGAUUGUUCGGAGCAAGGUAUGGGACAGUUUAUGUGCAAGGUGGAGCUACCAAUCGAUGACGAUAAGGGAAGGCCCAUCUACGCUGAAAUUAUACACAAAGGCAAAAAGAAAGAAGCCGUAGUACAGUGCGCCCUAGAGGCCUGCAGAAUUCUAGACAGAUACGGAUUAUUAAGACAGGCAGUUCACGAAUCCAGAAAGAGAAAAGCGAAAGAUUGGGCAGAAAAUGAUUAUUAUGAUAGCGACGAUGAUACAUUCUUGGAUAGGACUGGGGAAAUCGAAAAAAAGAGGGAGAAGAGAAUGAAUACGAAGAAUCCUAAAAAGGCGGAAACUUACGAGGGUCUGAUGGAAAAAGAACGCUUAAUAUCGGACUCUAUAAGAAAAGUGGAAAAACAACUAUUAGAAGCGCAGGAAAAAGCGAAGCAUUCGAACCGGACCAAAUCUGAGGAGGAUUCAUUAGACGCCUUCAUGAAGGAUCUCAAAGAUUCGAAGCCCGACAAAACGGCGAUCAGUAAACUCAGAAGCGAACUUGCGAGGCUCAAACAGGAGCACGCCAAGGUUAUAAAGCUGGUGAACAUAGCGAAACCGGCCAAUCUACCACCGCUAGUACCCCAAUAUUCUUCGGAGGUGACUGGUCAAACUGGUAAAAGUAAGGUACUUCCGAUAUUCGGCAAAAGGAAGAAGGUACCGGUUGUGGUGCAGCGGAAAACAUCGAUUCCUGAAAAAAUGGACUGCGAUGAGGAUGAAGAAGAAGAAAUCGAGCAAGAGAAAUCGAACGCAGACCAAAAUAUUAACAUAGAUGAAAGUGACGUACCUUCGGAACCAGAGAAAAUAAACGAGAUACUGGAAAAUAAUGAAAAAACGAGAAAGAUUUCCUCAUAUGGCUUGCAAACGGUCAAUGAAACUAAAAAACCUGAAGUUAGUCUCAAUCAGUUGGACGGUGGGUCAGUUGAAGAUUUAUGUAAAAAUGUGCUGAAUGGAAUACUUGAUGAGGUAAAACUCAAAUCUGAACAAAUUUCGCUCUUAAAUGAUCCAGAAGUGCAAAAACAACAUUUAGAUAACCUAGUUUCUGUAAUCAAAACGGGUGUAGAAAGAAUACAUGAGAAUAUAAACAAAAUUCAGAUAGAGAAGUCUGAAAAUAUCGAAGAUUCACAUGAAGACUGUGAUAGAAUCGAGCCUAUUACUCAUGUAGAAAGUACAUCGGAAGAAGCUACCAAGAAGAAGAAAAACCAGAGAAGAAUUCAGCAGAGGCAGGAGAAGGCGGAAAUUGAGAAACGCAAAGGGUAUGCUGAAGACGCAAAAAAAGAAGACUAUAACAUGUGGAUACCACCCAAGGAUCAAUCUGGAGAUGGACGAACGAAACUCAAUGAAAAAUUCGGAUAUUAAUAGUGUAAAUAAGAAAUUUCAAACAUUACUUUUUAGUUGUAUUAUAUUUUGUAGGAUAAAUAAAAAGAAAUAAAAAAAUAUAUAC